AUGUCUACUACAGAACUACUCAUUGCAGACUAUCUCAAGAGACACGGAUUAACAUCAACACUUAAACAAUUUGAAAAUGAAGCAGGUUUUACUCAUCAAGAUGUCAAUUAUGAAACUUUAGAAACAAUUGUACAAGAUAAGAUUAAAUUUAUAGAACAUCAUGAAAUAACACCACAGAAAAAAGUUAAUGAUUUAGUGGAAAAUGCAAAUUUAUUUUCAAAAUUAAGUCUAGAUGAUGAUGUUCAUUCAAUUAAUCCAAAAGAAUUAACAGAUUUUAAAGCAUUAGUUAUUCAUAUAUCUCAAGGUGAAUUAAUUAUUCAAUCUGAAAAAUAUAAUGUAUUAAUAAUAACUUCAAAUGAUAAAAGUACAAUCAUUUGGGAUAUUUCAAAUUCAAAAAUUCUUUUCAAAUUUUUUGGAUUACAUCCAAGUGUUGGGAAAUGUGCAUAUCCAAUAAAUAAUUCAAAUAAAUUUAUAUCAUGUGGUAUGGAUGGUAAGGCAAAAUUAUUUAAAUUAGAAUCAUUGGUUGACGAACCAAUAUUGAUUAAUGAAGUUCAAUUACAUAGAAGAUUAAUAACUGAUAUCAAAAUAUGGAAAAAUCCAAAUAAUCAAGAUGAAUUAUAUAUUUUUUCUAUUGGUUGGGAUGGAUUCUUAAAUGCUUCUAUAAUUAAUAAUGAUGAAAUAAUUUUAAAAUCACAAUUUAAAUUAUUAUCAAAUCCAACAACAUUAGCAAUUGGUACUAAAGAUCAAAACCCAAUAAUUUUCAUAACAAGAUUAGAUUCAACUCAAUUAUUUACAUUUACAUAUAAAAAUGAUCGAUUAUGGGAAAUUUUAAGAAUUUCUUUAAAUGAUGCUGAAUUUUCAUCUCAUGGAUUUACACCAAUGUCAAUAAGUUUAUCUAAUGAUAUUAUAACUAAUGAUACUUUGAUUGCAAUUGGAACUUCACAUAUUCCAUAUAUGAGAAUAAUCAUUACCAAAAUCCCAGAAUUGGAAUUAGGAAAUAUUGAUCUUAAUCAAUCAUUAGAACAACAAUUAUCUUCUGUACCAAUAACAAGAGGUCAAAUAUUAGGAAAUUAUAACUCGCUAGCACCACAAGAUAAAUUUUCUCAAAGUUUAAUAAAUUGGAAAUUAAAUUCCAAAUCAAAUAUUUGGAUUGGUAGUGAUGAUGGUUGUUUAAAAUUAUUAAAUUUACAUAAUGGUGAAAUUUUAUUAAAUUUAUCAAAAGGUCAUAAUGGGAAUCGUAUUAAAUCAUUUAUAAAUGUUUUAGAAAAUGAUAAAGAAGUGUUGUUUACAUCUGGUAUUGAUAAAAAGUUAAAUUAUUGGUCAUCAUCAUAA